CUUUCCCCGCCCCACGCGGGCCUCGGCGCUAGCCGGUUCCGGGUCCCGUGACGGCCGGGCGGGGUGGCGGGCGCCGCGCGGAGGGCGGGUCGGCCCCGGGGAGGCCCGACGGUCCGCGGGGGCCGCAGCUUGCCGACAGGGCGCCCAUGGCGGGCGGGGGCCCCGGGGCCGCGGGCCGGGGGGCGGAGGCCGCCGCUGUGCCCGAGACGCGCGAGUACCUCUUCAAGGUGCUGGUCAUCGGCGAGCUCGGCGUGGGCAAGACCAGCAUCAUCAAGCGCUACGUCCACCAGCUCUUCUCCCAGCACUACCGCGCCACCAUCGGGGUGGACUUCGCCCUCAAGGUCCUCAGCUGGGACAGCAAGACGCUGGUGCGCCUGCAGCUGUGGGACAUCGCGGGGCAGGAGCGGUUUGGCAACAUGACGCGAGUGUACUACAGGGAGGCUGUUGGCGCCUUUGUCGUCUUUGACUUAUCACGAGGCUCCACGUUCGAGGCUGUCCUGAAAUGGAAGACCGAUCUGGACAGCAAAGUCCACCUUCCAAACGGCAGCCCCAUUCCUGCUGUCCUCUUAGCUAACAAAUGUGACCAGAAGGACGGCGGCCACAGUUCCUCCCAGAUGGACCAGUUCUGCAGGGAACAUGGCUUCAGUGGAUGGUUUGAAACCUCCGCAAGGGAUAACAUAAAUAUAGAUGAAGCAGCCCGGUUCCUAGUGGAGAACAUUCUUGCAAACCACCAAAGCAUUCCUAAUGAAGAAAACAAUGCGGACAGAAUUAAACUGGAUAAGGAAAUCUUGACGGCAGAGAACAAAUCCCAGUGUUGCUGACAUGGCCUCUCCUUCUCCAUCACACAGAAGGCAGCCUAACAUGUUUGCUCCUCUGGGAGCUAAUUCCUGAGAGAGGAUUAAGGUGACAUAUGUGAUCCUCUGACUCUUCCCAGGACUGCACCUUAAAAUGAACACUCUAGCUUUUUUUGUUUCCAGAUCAUAUAAAUCUUUCACCUUUAAAAAAAUGGUAGUGUCAGCGUGCUGGGGGCAUGGGGCCUUCAGUGGGGUGAUGCUGCUGGUGGCACCACGGCUCAAUGUGGGACCACUUGGGCAUUCGCUGUGGCUGCCUUGCGGUCCAGGAGAGUGUUUACAUCCUGUUUAAGCUUUUUAAAUGACAGUUCCUCAGGAUUUGAUCAGAUUUCCAAGUUGUAACUUUUAGUGGAAGCACUGGAGUCCCAAUAAAACCUUAUCUGCCAUCUUAAUGGUAA